UUCCAAAGAGUUACACUUUCUGUAACUACAAUGGCUCAUCAAAGAACCACCAAGCCUAAACAAAUAAAACCCAGAUCUUUACUUAUCCUUCUUGCCUUAGUUAUAUCUGCCAUUGCCUUCCUCUUCCUCUUUUCCUCUCGCCUCUCCACUUAUGGCUCCUCCUCCUCCUCCUCCAAUGCCCAUCAAAUUAUGCUCAAACGGAGGCACCAUCGGACUGACCAUGACAAGUAUUUGUACUGGGGCAGAAGGAUUGACUGCCCUGGAAGACACUGCGAUUCUUGCGAGGGUUUGGGCCACCAGGAAUCCAGCCUCAGGUGUGCCCUUGAAGAGGCCCUCUAUCUUCGGAGAAUUUUCGUCAUGCCAUCAAGAAUGUGCAUUAGCCCCCUACAUAAUAAGAAGGGGAUCCUUCAUCAGUCUAGUGAGGCUAGUUCAGAGGAAAUGUGGGAAGCAAAUUCUUGUGCCAUGGACUCCUUAUAUGAUAUGGACCUCAUAUCAGAUACCAUCCCUGUAAUUUUGGACAAUUCAGAAGAAUGGUUUGAGGUUUUAUCUACAGCCAUGAAGUUAGAAGCCAGAGGAGUUGCCCAUGUAGAAGGGGUUAGCCGUGCUGAUCUGAAAGAUAACAAUCGCUACUCUAAUCUCUUUCUCAUAAACAGAACUGCUAGCCCACUUUCUUGGUUUAUGGAAUGCAAAGAUCGAAACAACAGGAGUGCUAUAAUGCUGCCAUAUUCAUUUCUGCCAUCAAUGGCAGCAGGGAAACUGAGAGAGGCAGCAGACAAGAUUAAAGCACUCCUUGGUGAUUAUGAUGCAAUGCAUGUUCGUCGUGGUGAUAAGAUGAAGACCAGGAAGGACAGAUUUGGUGUUGUCAAGACCCUGCAUCCUCACCUUGAUAGGGAUACACGGCCUGUGUUUAUUCUCUGCAGAAUUGCAAAGUGGGUCCCCCCCGGAAGAACCUUGUUUAUCGCUUCGAAUGAAAGGACUCCAGGAUUCUUCUCGCCACUCUCUGUCAGAUAUAAAUUGGCAUAUUCUUCAAACUAUAGCAAGAUCCUUGAUCCAGUGGUCGAGAACAACUACCAAUUAUUCAUGAUCGAGAGGCUUGUUUUGAUGGGAGCCAAAACGUUCAUUAAAACAUUCAAGGAGGAUGAGACAACCCUCAGCCUUACUGAUGAUCCCAAAAAGAACAAUAAAAAUUGGCAGGAACCAGUCUACACAGCCGAUCAAGACUCAUGCUGACACCCACACCUAUUUUCUAUGUAGAAAGGUUGUACCCCCCCCCCCCCCAAAAAAAAAAAGGUAAAUAGUGUACUCUAACCAGAUAUUUGCUUGGUAGGAAUCCUUGAGAACAAACUCCCCCCAUAUGCGUAAAUAGAACUGAGUUUAAACCCUAUCAAUAGUAUAAUGGAUGUGUAAGUUGUGAUAAAAAAUAAAUAUGACGUGCCUUUAUUUUU